UCGACAACACAGUAUGACCACAUGCAAAUUUCAAGGGGCAAUUGUUCGAAUAGAUAAUCAUAAAAAGGGAGGGCCCAAAGAGCGUGCCUCUAAGGGUCUUCAAACAGUGGUUACUAGACAUCAUUUUAAGGUUAAGGUCCCUCAAUUAACCACUACCUACACACCGUUGCCCAAAACACCCUUGAAAGACAAGGCUAAGGAAAUUAUUAUAGACACAAAUAGUACCAACUCUGCUGGAAAAUUUGGUAGAUUUGGAGGCAAGUUUGUACCCGAGACACUUAUACAGUGCUUGAACCAGCUUGAAGCUGAGUUCAAUAAUACCCUCCACGAUCAAGUUUUUCAGACAGAGCUAUCAACAACAUUAAGAGACUAUGUUGGCAGAGAGACACCAUUGUAUCAUGCUCAACGGUUGUCGGAGUAUUACAAAAGCAAAAACGGUGGCAUAGGAGCAGAGAUAUACUUAAAAAGAGAGGAUCUUAACCACAGUGGAUCUAACAAGAUGAAUAACGCUCUUGCACAAGUCAUGAUUGCCAAACGCAUUGGUCGAAAAAGUGUGGUUACAGCAACUGGUUCCGGAAAACACGGGCUUGCAACGGCUGCAGCAUGCGCAAAAUUCGGUUUAGAGUGCAUAGUCUUCAUGGCAGCCAAAGAUAAAGACAGAUAUUCCUCAAAUGUGCGGUUGAUGAAUCUGUUAGGAGCUCGGGUGGAAGUUGUGAAUGGAAGUUUCAAAGAUGCAUCAUCAGAGGCAUUUCGGUGUUGGGUGGGAGACAUAGAAAACAACUACCACUUGACAGGUUCAGCGGUGGGACCACACCCAUGUCCCACCAUGGUACGUGAGUUUCAGUCAGUAAUAGGAAAAGAAACAAGAAAACAAGCAUUGGAAAAAUGGGGUGGAAAACCAGAUGUUGUUGUUGCAUGUGUUGGGACAGGUUCAAAUGCUUUGGGUAUUUUCCAUGAGUUUAUACAAGACACUGAUGUGAGAUUGUUUGGAGUUGAAGGUGGUGGUUUGGGGUUAGAUAGUGGAAAACAUUCUUCCACGUUGGCCAAAGGUGAAGUGGGUGUUUAUCAUGGCUCUAUCACCUUUUUAUUGCAAGAUGAUUAUGGACAAAUUGUUCCACCACACUCCAUUGCAGCUGGGAUGGAGUGUCCAGGAGUUGGUCCAGAGUUAAGCUACCUAAAAGAAAGUGGGCGUGCCGAGUUCUUUGUUGCAACAGAUGAAGAAGCUCUUGAUGCGUAUGAGAGAUUAUGCAAAUUGGAGGGUAUAUUUCCAUCUCUAGAGGCCGCACAUGCAUUGGCAAUAUUAGAUAAGUUGGUUCCUACUUUAUCAAACAAAAAUGUGGUUGUAAAUUGUAGUGGGCGUGGAGAUAAUGACGAUGCAGCAAUAUUCUUCAAUACAUGUAUACCGCAAUAGCUUAUGAUAAAUCAACAUUGCUGGGAUGUUAUACUUAAGCACUAUGCUCAAGUUUUAUUAGAUAUAUAUUUUAAAUAAUGAGACAUUCAUUUUUAGAAGAAUCUAGAUAAAGUUAUUGUGGUAAAUCAUUAGUUAUAUUGUAAAAAAAAAAGGGGUAAUCAUUGGUUCAGUUUGUUACUUUUUUUAAUUAAAAAGUAUGUGAAUAUUAGUCUCUUUUAGUAUGUAUAUAUAUUAGUCAUUGGUUAUCAAGAGUGAAUAUUAGUCUCUUUUAGUAUGUAUAUAUAUUUUUU